CAUCAGCCCCUGUACUUUUCCAACGUGCCAUGGAUCAGAUCCUACAUGGCCUCCCUGGUGUACAGUGCUAUUUGGACGAUAUUCUGUGCACAGGAAGUACGGACCAAGAACAUCUGGACAAUUUGGAUGCUGCUCUUCAAAGGCUGAAAGAGUAUGGGCUCAGGGUUCGCAAAGACAAGUGCGAAUUUUUUCAACUGUCUGUUGAAUAUUUGGGACAUGUAAUUGAUGCCCGAGGGUUGCAUACUGCGCCAUCAAAGGUUCGAGCGAUAGUGGAUGCCCCGCCGCCAGAGAAUGUUAGCCAAUUACGUUCAUUCUUGGGCUUACUGAAUUAUUAUGGCCGUUUUAUACCGAAUUUGUCAUCCAGACUCAAGCCGCUACAUGACUUACUUUGUCAAGGAAAGAAGUGGAAUUGGAGUGAUGCCUGUCAAGAGGUUUUUCAGAAAACAAAGGAGACAUUAGUGACGUCAGGGGUACUGACCCAUUUCGAUCCAUCACUCCCCAUUCAGUUGGCCUGCGAUGCAUCCCCAUAUGGAGUGGGGGCGGUCAUUUCACAUUUAAUGCCAAACGGGGUAGAGAGGCCUAUAGCAUUUGCAUCACGGACCUUGAACAAAGCAGAGACUAACUAUGCUCAGAUAGAGCGGGAGGCGUUGAGCAUAGUCUGUGGGGUUCGCAAGUUCCAUCAGUACCUGUAUGGGAGACAAUUUACAUUGCUGACAGAUCACCGACCCCUGACGACCAUCCUGGGGUCGCACACUGGGUUACCCUCACUUGCCGCGAGUCGCAUGCAGCGGUGGGCGUUGCUCUUGUCAGCACACUCGUAUGACAUCAAGUAUCGCAAGGCUGACCUGCACGGCAACGCCGAUGCCCUGUCCAGGUUGCCUCUUCCUAUCACCAGGCCUGAGCCGCGGGCAGCAGAAAUCUUUUACUUCAGUCAAGUGGAUGGUGCGCCAGUUUCUGCUGCUCAUGUGAGGAGGGCCUCUCGCACUGACCCUGUCCUGUCUGCGGUGAUGGACAUGGUGAUGGGGAGUAGAUCAGGUAGCGAUGCCCCCAGUAUUCAACCUUAUCUCUCCAGGAGAGCAGAACUGUCGGUGCAAUCUGGUUGCUUACUGUGGGGGAGGAGGGUGGUUAUCCCGCCAUCAUUGCGUAAAUCAGUUCUGCAACAGCUCCAUGCAGGUCACAGUGGAAUAGUUCGAAUGAAGGAGAUAGCAAGGAGUUACUUCUGGUGGCCAGGAGUGGACAGAGAGAUAGAGACUACCGCCAAAACCUGUUCCUCAUGCCAAGAAGUUAGGAAGGCACCCCAACUAGCUCCUCUACAUCCCUGGGAGUUUCCCGAAGAACCAUGGCAACGGGUGCACAUUGAUUUUGCAGGACCUGUAGAGGGUUGUAUGCUCCUUGUGUGUGUGGACGCCCACAGUAAGUGGCCGGAAGUGGCCAUAAUGAAAACCACUACCACUGCAAAGACUAUUGAGAGGCUGGGGGAGAUUUUCAGCCGGUUCGGUUCUCCUCUUCAGUUGGUCUCAGAUAACGGGCCACAACUGGUGUCACAAGAAAUGACUACCUUCCUUGAAGCAAAUGGCGUACAACACAUUCGAUCUGCACCAUUUCACCCUGCUACUAACGGUCUUGCUGAAAGGUUUGUGCAGACCAUGAAGAAAGCUUUGAAAACAUCUCAAGAGCAGGGAUCAUUUCACCAGAGAUUGCAUAGAUUCCUGUUGAGCUAUAGGAAUACUCCCCAUGCCACUACUAAAGUUUCCCCCGCUUGUCUUAUGUUCAAAAGAAACCUUCGAACAAACUUUGACUUUCUGAAGCCAACAACGUUGAAGGAUAUUGUUCAGCAUCAACAAGAGAAACAGAUUAAACAAAGAAUGCAGAAGGCUAAAGAAAGAGUCUUCUCUUCGGAUGAGCCAGUGUUAGCAAGGAACUAAAGU